AUGACAAAGGUCCACGAAACAGAUUUCAAAGAGACAGCCGUGGACAGCUCUGCAAUCAUGGACGGCGACUGCGAGAGCAAGGUGAACGUCUUUCAUGCCGAGGACCUUGGCCUCAGCGAUGAGGAGAAAAGGCAGAACCUAGUGCAAGCUCUGAGAAGAUGGCCGAAGAUGUCGGCUUAUUGCCUUGCUCUGACCUCUGCAAUCCUACUCUGGGGAUACGAUAUGGCCAUGUCUGGAAGUCUAGCUGGAUUGGACCAAUUCAAGGAAGCGUUUGGAGUAUACUACCAAGGCGAAUGGAUCAUUGCCUCUCACUGGAUAAGUCUAUGGGAUGCCGCCGGCCCCAUUGGAAUGCUUAUCGGAUCCCUCUUCGGUGGCUGGUUCCAAGACAAAGUUGGCCGAAAAAUAUCUCUCGGCACCGGGAGUCUCAGUUCCUGCGUGGGCAUCCUCAUUGUCUGGUGCGCUCAAUACCCAACUAUCGGGAACACUCGCAACGGUAUCUUCAUGUUUGGCAAGAUCUUCCAGGGUGUCACCUGCGGUAUCAUUGUGACCACAUGCCAGACAUACAUGUCUGAAGUCUUACCAUCGGUUCUCCGAGGACCAAUCCUGGCAUUCUUCCCAGUGUUUUUCAUGCUCGGCCAGCUCGUCAGUGCUGUCGUCGUCUUUGGUGUGGAACCGAUCCCAGGGAUGAGGUCCUACCAACUGGCGGUCAUCUCUCAGUGGCCGUUCUCGGCUCUUCCCAUCAUUCUAUCAUUUAUCAUUCCAGAAAGCCCGGUGUAUUAUAUCCGGAAAGGGAAGCUCGACCUCGUCAGAAAAUCACUGCAGCGCUUGAGCACAUCACACGACAGUGUCGAUGAACAGAUCGUGCAACUCCAAAAGGUUAUCCGGCAUGAAACAGAGCAAGCAGCCGCAAAUGCUCGUACCUCAUACCUGGAUUGCUUCCGAAGCACCGAUCUGCGCCGUACACUGCUUGCCAUGUUCGGCGCUUGCCUGCCCCAGCUGUUUGGCCUCAGCCUCGUGGGACAAGGCUCAUAUUUCCUCCAAAUUGGUGGCAUGGACUCCCGACCUAGUAUGAUUUUCCUCAUGACAGGCAUAACCGCAGGCAUCGUAGGGAUGAUUAUCAGCAUAUAUAGUUCCACUCGGUUCGGACGACGGAAACUAAUUAUCUCCUCAUUAAUCCCAAUUGCUGUCCUGUGGGUCGUUGUUGGUGUGUGUGGAACCGUGGAGAACAGCGCUUCUGUUUGGGUCUUGGGUGUCUGUUUGAACCUGAUCCCCCUCAUCGCUGGGUUGGGUGUAUGGCCAGCAUCCUACAGUGUCACGGCCGAAGUGUCUGCUCUGCGGCUCCGUGCAAGGACUCAAGGUCUAGCUUGGGCGGUGGGUGGAGCGGUCAACUUUGUGAUCAGCUUCGUCAUUCCAUUCAUAUUCAAUCCCGACCAGGGAGAUCUUCGAGCACAGACAGGCUACAUAUGGGUCGUCAUCACCUUCCUCACCGCAGCUGGUGCAUUCUUCUUCGUUCCCGAGACUUUCAGACGCACUCCGCUCCAAGUCGAUCUCAUGUUCGAGCAAAAGCUUCCCGCAAGAGGAUUUAAAUCCUGGGAAGGGCCUCGAAACUUCUGA